AUGCUCAGAACAUUGUGGAUCCAUCGUCUUCCACACAAUGUGCAAGCAAUUUUAGCCGCGCAACAAGAGCUUGCAUUAGACAAGCUCGCAGAAUUAGCCGAUUUAAUUAUCGACGUGAGUUCGCGAAAUCGCCCUUCGGUUUUAGAAGCUGUAAUAAAUAGUGCGUCUCUCGACCUGUUAUUACAAAAAUUUGACCAAGUUGUGACUACAAUGACUAAAAAAAUGGGCAUAAUGCAAGCACAAAUCGCGGAAAUUCAGAAUAAAAGAGACAAUAAUCGGUCCGGUAAUCGCGGUAGAUUUCAUUCUCGCGGUCGGUCACAAUCUCGCGGAAGAAGUGAGUCAAAUGGUGUUUGUUGGUAUCACAACCGUUUCGGUGAUAAAGCGACAAAAUGUACGACGCCAUGUUCGUACAAACCGGGAAACGAAACGGCCAGUCGUUAA